AUGGCGUCCAACGACCCUCGCCCAUCGAACGACACGGACCGAAACGAUGAAGAGUCUACCCUUCUGACCGGGCAGCGGGUCAGCCGUACUAUCAACGAUGACUCCCGUAGUAGCCCUAACUUCUGGCGUCAAGUUGGGCUCUUUACUUGGGCUCUUGUUGCUACUGCUGCCGUUAUCGUCCUUGCAAUCGUCUACCAGCAUGACCAUUCUCUGCCCAAAGACCCCCAUAGAGCUAGGCACACUGGGAAACGGAACAUGAUAUUCAUGGUAUCCGAUGGCAUGGGACCCACGAGCUUGUCUGUGACUCGCUCUUUCAGGCAGCAUGUUGACAAGCUUCCUAUCGAUGAUGUCCUGACCCUAGACAAACACCAUAUCGGAUCAUCCAGAACGAGGUCUUCCAGCAGCCUGGUGACAGAUUCGGCCGCCGGAGCCACCGCCUUUGCAUGUGGAAAGAAGAGCUAUAACGGUGCCAUUUCGGUUCUUCCUGACCACUCACCCUGUGGAACCGUCUUGGAAGCUGCUAAGGCUGCAGGUUACAUGACGGGUUUGGUCGUCACUACACGUAUCACCGAUGCCACUCCUGCCUGCUUCUCUUCUCAUGUGAACAUUCGUGGCUAUGAAGAUUUGAUUGCUGAGCAUCAGCUUGGUGAAUACCCUCUUGGUGUACAAGUUGACCUUAUGAUGGGUGGAGGUAGAUGCCACUUCUUGCCCAACUCUACCUCCGGGUCUUGUCGUGCCGAUGACAAGGAUUUGGUCAAGCUUGCGCAGUCCAAGGGGUUCCAUUACUUUGAUGACCGUAAAGGAUUCGAUGCUUUGAAGAAAGGCGAAGCUGCCAAACUGCCGUUGCUAGGUCUCCUGGCCCCAACUGAUAUUCCUUAUGAAAUUGAUCGACGAUACCGAGAAAAGGAGUUCCCAUCCUUGGAGGAGAUGACCAAAACUGCCCUCAAGGCACUUAGUGAUGCCACCAAGGAUAGCGAGCAUGGUUUCUUCAUAAUGAUUGAGGGCUCGAGAAUUGAUCAUGCUGGCCAUGGUAACGACCCAGCUGCUCAGGUCCAUGAGGUUUUGGCAUACGACAAGGCAUUUGCAGCCGUUCUAGAGUUCCUUGAAAACGACUCUACCCCCGGUGUUCUUGUCAGUACAUCCGACCACGAAACCGGCGGGCUGGCCGCUGCAAGACAGCUCCAUGAAUCAUACCCAGAGUACCUUUGGCUUCCCGAUGCUCUUGCCAAUGCUACUCAUUCUUCCGAGUAUCUCGAGCCCAAGCUGAACGCCUACCUCGAAGGAAAAGGUCAUAGUCAAUCCCGAGAGGAAAAACGCAAAUACAUUCGCGAGGAAUUCAUCCAGCCUGCCCUAGGAAUCGUUGAUAUUACCGACGAGGAAAUUGAUCGUCUUAUCGAUAACACCGGCAGACCUGCUGCAUAUCUCUUUGCCGACCUUGUAAGUCGCAGAGCCCAGAUAGGUUGGAGCACCCAUGGUCACUCUGCCGCUGAUGUUAGCAUUUUUGCUUCAUCUCCGCACGACGCUCUCCCACUGGUUGGUAACCACGAAAACACUGAAGUGGGCGGAUUCAUCGCUACCUACCUUGACCUUGACCUAGAUGCUAUCACCAAAAAGUUGAAGGGUGUUAAGACUAAGCCCUCAACUAGCAGUGAAGAAUCUGCACCCGACUACUCUUGGAUGGGUAAACCGCUUGACAAGAAUGUGAUUGUCGAUCAGCUUGAUACCUAUCACGGAGACUUCAAGCGUCGUCUAAGAAAGAGAGGCCCUGAUGAGGAGCCUGUCCAUCAAAGACGAUCAGAUUGUGGUUGUGGCAAUCAUUGA